AUGGAGGAUUCGACAUUCCCACCUCGCUUUGGCUUCAGCGUAACUACAGUUGCAGUACAAGGGAAGUUGGCUGAACUAAUCGUUAAAGAGGUGAAUCCCAGGCUGCAGAAGCUUAAGCAGAAACUGCUAGCGAGAGGACUCACCGAAUACGACAUUGAGUGGACCGUGCAGAACCAAAUUCUCCGAGUGGGGAUCAAAACGAAAGGCGCGAAUAACGUCAUUGCUCCAGUGAAGCCAAUAGACAAAAUGGUGUGCAUUGACGUGAACGUGGCCAGAUUGGCGCCAAAGGCGAAACGAUGCGUGUUGUCAUCAAAUAUUGAUGUGACGUGUUUGAACCCUCUGGCCAAAUGUGAAGGACUGUCGUGUUCUUUCUGUACAGACAUCGAUAUCAAUCCAGUUCAUCCGAACGCACACACAGGCAACUUUCCACAACUGCACCAACGCAUUUUAGAUGGUUGA